CUGUGUGCACGGAUUUAAAAGUUAUUCGCUUUCGCCAUCUACGAUGAUUUUGCAGUGUUUUCUUAGUGAACUAUGAGUUUCACUAUGUGCAGAUGAUUACGACGAAGCCUUACUCUGUACUGCAUGGAUGUUGAUGUUGAAAAAGUUCCACUAAGAAUGUUUCUAGAAAACAUGUUGUUCUAGCCGUCAUUGGAUGUGUAAAGAGAAGCCUGUGCUGCGGAAUUCGUAUUUGUGUUUUUGAUAACCGACAGCUGAUUAAACUGGCAAGCAAAUGGCAUUGAUUGCAUAUUGCAUGUGUGUGUCAUGAUGAAGAUGUUUAAAAUGUUCUUGUGUUGUUUGUCACUUACGUGGCUGUAUUUGUUGACUAACUGGAUUUUUCUGUGACAAGUGAGUGAUCUGCAUUAUCGUUGGCGGAACAUUGUUAUCAGAAAGUUUUUAACAAAAUGCUUUUUGGCACUAUGAUUCGUUAGCCAUUUGUCUCCCCGAAGUCCUACAUAUUCAUAAUUGAGGAGCAUACUGUUCCUGGAUGCGAUCACCAUGUCCAUCAUCCAUGCAAAAUGCUAAAAAACAAAAAGCCUGAUUUCCUGAUUAAAGAAGCCAAAUCAUGUUUUGAUCGAGUACUGCAAGAAGGCAAGAAGGAAUCAAAUGUGGACAUACAGCUCAUGUUGGAGACGUCACAGCGGUGUCUUGUCCUCGUACAGCAACUAUGCUCCCUUGAGGAGAGCUCAGAGCAUAUGGCUGUGUUGAAUUGCCUACGAGAGAAUGUUGAGAGCCAUGUCGACAUACUGACAGCCAAGAUUGACCAGCUUAACAGACAGGCUGACCAGCAGGUGCCCACCACUGACCAAAAGGAUGAUCAUGAAAUGCAGUCCCAACCAUCAGAAAAAGGAGACAAAAAGUCCAGCACAAAGGGAGACCACCAAUUAAGAGAGGAUUCAAGGGCAGAUAAUCAACAGCCCCAGAGGAGAGCAGCAAUUGAAGAGACGAUAGUGAGGAAAGGGGGCAUCACAUUUCAUGAUAUCGCAGGUCUGAAUGAAGCAAAGGAGGCCCUGACAGAGGCUAUUGUCAUGCCACUACAAUUUCCUCACCUGUUUACUGGGUGCAUCAAGCCUUGGAAACGAAUCCUCCUGUACGGGCCUCCAGGGACGGGAAAAAGUCGGCUGGCUGAGGCCAUAUCAGGGGAGAUAAACUUUACAUUCUACUGUGUAUCCAGCUCCGACCUUGUGUCUAGUUGGGUCGGUGAAAGUGAAAAACUGAUCAAAGAGCUAUUUCAGCACGCCACAUGUCACACGGGCGGACGGUCCGUAAUCUUCAUUGAUGAGAUAGACAGCAUCUGUCGACAACGGAGCUCCCGUGAGGAGGAACAUACAAGAAGAAUGAAGACAGAGCUGUUAAAACAGAUGGAAGGCGCAGACAACUCUUCUACCAAUGACAAGAUAUUUUUGUUGUGUGCUACCAAUUGUCCUUGGGAGUUAGAUACAGCCUUCCUGCGGCGCUUUCAGAAGAGGAUUUAUAUUCCACUGCCUGACAGGGAAGCAAGGAUAUCCCUGAUCAAGAUCCAUACAAAGGAAAACAAGCUUGAACUGUCUGACGACGAGUGGCUUUACCUGGCAGACAAGACCGACGGCUAUUCGGGGAGUGACAUUGCCAAUAUGACCCUAGGGGCCUUGUUUGGACCAAUUAGGGAUCUCCGUAAUGCUCAGUUUUGGUGCCAGACUAAAGAUGGCAUGUACACACCAUGCGACGAGGAUGCACCCAGAUGUAUCAAGUCUAGAAUGACCACACUACCGCCAGACAAGAUCCAGCCCAGAGAAGUUCAACUGGGUGAUUUCAUCAAGUCCCUGCAGACACAUAGGCAAACAGUCACUGAGGCAGAUCUGAAGAAGUUUAGUGAUUUCACCUCUCACUUUCGAGAAAAUGGAUAAGCUUUUGGCGGGACAUGUGAUGUUAUGGUCUUGGGUAUAGGGAAUCAUCAAAUGUUAUAUGAAGUUUUAUGAAAGUGCAUUUGGGUUUUGUGAUAUUGAUGGAUAAUUUUUGGUAUUUUGUUUUUCCAUGAGCUAUUGUUUUAAGCCAAAAUAAACUUUGA